AAAGAGUGUAGUCACUACUUCUACUUUUACUGGAGUCUUUUAAAAAAUGAGUAUCUGUACUUCUACUUGAGAAAAGGAUGUGUGUACUUUUGCCACCUCUGGUUUUGAGCACUAAACAAUUACAGACUCUGGGAUUGGGUGACUCCCAAAUGGAAAGCAAGAUAAUUACUUCCCUAAAAAACUCUUCACAUAACCGAACUACAAAGUGUCUCAUUAAUGUUUAACACAGCAAAGACCAGUGACUCUGAGAUUGUGAGUUUUGUAGGUCAGACAUGUCUCACACUAUUUCUGAACAUGUGUACUACGCCAAGGAAAGAGGAAAGUGCAUUGAGAGGGUGGUGAAACUCUACGAGGACGCAGACGCUGUUAGUCCUCAUAACCUCAAAACAAAGAUGGUGGAUGGCAUGUAUAUUGGACACUCAGGACGAACCACUGCAGGGGACAGAUUUUACAAUCCAGCUGUGGCGUGUAUGCUGCUGCUGGGUUUUGUCCUGCUGACUGCUGCCACAGUACUGUGGGUCAAAUUCAGCAUCCUCAACACAGAAUUAGACAAGUUACAGAGCACACAUCGCACUCUUAUAAUAGAGAGAGACCAAUUACAGACCAGAUACAAGCACCUGUCUUUAGAGAGAAAUCGCUUAUGGAAAAUUCAAAUGAGUUUUGAGAGAGACCAUCUGAAGGGCAGAAAUAACAACCUGACAAUAAACAGAGAUAAACAAGAGGCCAAAAUUAUGAGCUUGGAAUAUGGAAUGAAGCAACUACAGGAGAUGAUGGAUGAACUUCAAAACCUGUUGAACAACAUUGCUACACAAACCCAAAUUGAAUGGAGAUACUUCAACUCUAGUUUUUACUACUUCUCUACUGGGAUGAAGAACUGGAUUGAGAGCAGACAGAACUGUAGAAACAGACUGGCAGACCUGGUGAUCAUAGACAGCACAGCAGAGCAGUUCAUCCCUAAAUGGCUACUAAAUAGUGAAACAGCUUGGAUUGAUCUGAGUGACAUAGAGAAAGAGGGGGUGUGGAAAUGGGUGGAAGGAACAACACUGACAACUGGGCUCUGGAACACAGGAGAACCCAAUCAUAUGAAACCUGAUGAGGACUCUGUCAAGAUUUUGGGCAGCAGUAAUAGCUGGAAUGACAGAUCAUGCUGUGAUCAUUUACUGUUUAUCUGUGAAUUGAACACAUCUAAUUUGUGAGGUUGUGUCAUGGCCACCACAAACGAUCAUUGUUUCACAUUACAGUCUGUUCUGUUUCCCACCUUGACAGUGCUCACCGGUUUUGGGUUGGUCUCUGUAUUUAAUUUCCUGUAUUUGGUUUUCACUGCUUUUAUAAAACUGUGAAGAACUGUGUAAUGAAACUGAGUUUUCAAUAAUAAUUACUGCAUUUAUAAUAAUCAUAAUACAGUUAUUACACCAUGCUCAAUGUAAGGAUUGCAUGUCAAUAAAUAUAAACAUAUCUGUUAUUUUAAAUGGUCUAGUAAAUUUUGUACUAUUUCUUUUUAUUGUUAUAUUUCUUUUGUUUGUUGUUGCAAAGGAGAACUAAGGAAAGCCACAUUGAGAUAACAUGGAUAUUUCUGGCCAUAUAGUGUGUUUUGAGCACUCUGACAGAGUACAGACUCUGGCACUGGGUGACUCCCAAAUGGGCAGCAAGAUAAUUACUUCCCUAAAAAAGUCUUCAUAUAGAAGCAACUUCCUCACAUAACCGAACUACAAAGGUUAAAGUGUCUCAUUUACGUUUGACACAGCAAAGACCAGCGACACUGUGGUUUUGAGUUUUGUAGAUCAGACAUGUCUCACACCAUUUCUGAGCAUGUGAACUAUGCCAAGGAAAGAGGAAAGUGCAUUGAGAGGGCGGUGAAACUCCACGAGAAUGCAGACACUGUUAGUCGUUACAACAUUAAAACUAAGAUAGUGGAUGGCAUGAAGACUCGACACACAGGUAAAAAUUUUCAGUACAGUUCGAUUCCAAUUUUACUUGUGUAUUUUUUUGUUGAUACCAAUACACACAAGACCACAAUACUGCCUUACAGAAAUCCUGGGGGAAAAAAAUCCCUUUAAUAAUGAUGAGAAAGAAUGUUUAGUUUCAAAAGGCAACCAGUCGUCUUCUGGGUAUUGUGUGAUGUGCUGAAUUUUAAAUGUCACCCAUAGUAUAAUAAGAAUUACACAGAAGAAAACCCUCUUUUCUGCUGCAUUUUGAAUAUUGGUGACUUGGUGUCUUCUUUAAUGUGACAUGAUUAGGAUGACUGAAAUGUUGAAAAGAAGUCUGCUAAAUUAUUUACCGUGAAUACCGUCACGGUAUUCCGUCUAAAGCAUGUAAAUUUUACUGACUGGGUUAAAUGUAGUUAUUGAUGUAUUUAUUUAACAAAAGUUCACAAAACAAGAAAAAAAUAAAGGAAGUAACAUUUCCUUUACAGUAACAAUGUAGACUAAUGUGGGGAAUUGGCUUUUAAAUUCGAUUUGCAUGGUUUUUUUUGGUACUUUUUGCAUUUUGGCCACUAAAGUUUGACAUCACUGCCUUUAAGCCUUUGGAAGUUCAGCACAUGAUUAUAACCAUUUAAGGUGUUAAUGGUUUUUAAUUUAGUAACAAUGAUUAGUUAUUUGGGAAAUGUUGGUGUUUGGUGUUUUAACUGUAAAAAAAUUAACAAGCACCUUAAGUUUGAAUUUCAGUAAACUUUGUUUUUAGCUUUUUGUAAUUCUUCAAAUCCUGGCUGGCUUGUAAACCUUUGUUAUAAUAGGGUUUGUUAAAUGUAAAUUCCAGCUUCACUUCCAAGAACGACAACUGCUCUGAUCUUCAGGAGAACUUGGAAGAACGUCUGACUCUUCAGAAAUUUCUCUGUUGCAUCCGGACUCUUG